GACUUGCGCGUCCAUUGCAAAAAAAAAAAAAUUCCUUCACAGAGUUUUCGGUACAAUUAACUGACUUCGGCAAGCUCGUGAUGUAGGCCGUAAAAAAAGCGUUUUAUGGAUUAGUGUAAUUAGAAAACAGUGAAAAGUUCGUGGGUGUUGUGUGUUGUUCAAUCGCGUCGUCCGAAAUCACCAAUAGAUUCGACGGCUUUGCGGCUUUUCUUAGUACUCGCUUCGGUAUUCGUUUUCCCCGCACCCAAGCCGCAUUUGCGACGCCGCUGGGAAAAUGUCGCUGGAAGGCGCCAGAUUGCGCUAUGAGGAUGAAAAUGGCCAAGUCGUGGUCCUGGCGGCCAAGGGACGCACCUUCCAGGUGGGCUCCUACUUCAACUGCGACCUGACCAUAGAGGAUCCGCAGGAGGAGCGGCUGCUUUGUGAGAUAAAGUGCGACGCAUUCGGCAGGGUCAACAUCUACAACAAGUCCAGCCAGGAGCCCAUCCACCUGAACGACCAGGAAUUCUACUCGUGCAAUGGCAAGCGUCCCCUGCUUCAUGGCUGUCGCAUCACCAUUCGAGACAAGGUCUACACCUGGGAGUUCCCCAAGUCCUCAGAGACGCAGGACGAACCGAGCACCCCCAAGAGCACCACAUUGGCCGUCGAGCAGGCCUCGAACUCCUGCCCCGCGCCGAAGCAAUCGCAUCGGCCGCAAAUCGACAAACGCCUGACGGUACACAACUUUAACUACAGCAUUAAUUCGGAUGACGAGGGCAAUACUUCCAUAGAGUCGCGCGAUCAGAACGAAUCCCUCUUGGAGGUGGACAGCCUUAAUAUCUCCACUCCACCCAGCUCGGAAAUAACAGCCUGCGAGACUCCCAAAGUGAAUCUGCUGGACUCCACGCAAAACAAGGAAAACACGGCCACUCCACCGGGCAGCCAUCUGAAGUUGUUGCAGUUGUGCGCCCGCUCCGACGUGGUCAUCACCUCGUUCUCGCCGCGCGAGACGGGCGUCAAAGUGGAGAAGUCCUUCACCUGUGUGCGUAAGCCGGUCAAAGCGGCUUCGGUCGUAUCCACGCCCAAGAGCGUGUACAGCACUCCGAAGGGCGGCGUGCUUUCGGAACUUAACGAAGACAGUUGCAGCCGCGAUCUGAUGGACUUCAGCACGCCGUCCACCUCGCAGAAGGCCAAGCGAGCGUCCUCCAUGUAUCUGAUCGACUUGACCACACCCUCAAAGCUACGACCCACACUCACGCCCAAGCAGACGCCUACGUCCAUUACCGUGGACAGCACGGACGAGUCGUCCGAUGCCUCGCCGCUGGUCAUUGAUAUAACCAACUCCGCCACGCCGCCACCAGGCCCUUCGUCACGGAACAACACUCCCCGACGUCCUGGUGGCGUCACUGGCGCCACACCCAAGCGAACGCCGCAGUCCCUCAUGAAACGGGCGCUUCUUACCAGCACCAAGAAGCAGAUCACCGCCAACCAGACAGAUAAGACCACGCCCGUGGCCAAUGCCAAGCGACCAGGAUCGCUGCUGGAGGCCCGUCGUCAGUGCCUUACCACGCCCCGUCGUUUGCCCUUCCACCCGGUUAGGCGGACGCCAGUGCACCGGCUGGAUGAGCAGGCAAGAGGCAAUGCGCCCAAGACAUCGCCACGCAAGCGAAAAUCACUCAUGGAAAGUCCCAGGGAUAACAAGGUCUCCCAGCUCAGGAAGUCAUUUGCGGCGGCCAAGCGCAGUCCCGGGGUUGACAAGAGCAACAAGCUGGUAGCCAAGGCACGGCGUUCGCUCAAUUCGCCCAAGAGCGCAUCCCCAAAGCCGGGAUCGUCGAAGCCGGCAUCGCCAUGUCCGAUAAACACGUUUAGUUUGCCCCAGAACAAGUGCUCUACUCCGGAGAAACUUGACGAUUCAAAGGACGAAUUAAGCCGCACUUUUACCAUCAUGGAUGAAACCGAAGGAAGGGAACAGAGUGGGCUGGGAACAGUUUUUGAAGCGGUAGCUGCUCUCGUCACUGGUGAAGUGGAAAAUGAAGUGUCCUUUAAGCUCGCAUCCGAAGUAUUUGACAAGAAAAGUUCUUCUGUCGAAGAGGAUGUCAAAUCUGAAGAGGAAGAAGUGAAUUCUAGGAAAGAUGAUGCCAUACUCGAUGAAAAAAAUAGAAAACUGGAACGUUGCGACGAAGAUGUGGAGCCAAACGAUAUAAAAACUGCUAAUGUUGAAGAGGUAUCAACAAAAUCGCCAGUGGAUAGUCUACAAGACAAGGAGAAAACCAUUCCAGUUAACGAAAAACUAGUAGAAUCUGUUAUCGAGGAUAGCAUUUGUGAAGAGGUUCAUGCAAAUAUUCCAGAGCAAACCAAUAAUGCUAGCUCUGAUGGAAUAAUUGAAGAUCAAAUUUGCGAAGAGGUGGCAUUGGAGACUAAGUCUACUGAUGUACCUGUUGAACUGGGCAAGACAUCACAAAAGGUGAACGAACAAACUCCAAAUGUUGAGACACCCGUACUUAGGAGAAGUUUGCGCCGACUCUCUGUUGACCAGAGGGCACUGACCACAACGCCCCGGCGGAGCACUCGUAGAUCCUCUGUGGACACCAACAAAAAGACUGAUCCGCAGGACAACAUUAAGCGCACACGCCGAGCUUCCUGUUCGGCGGUGGAAAGCCAAGACUUGGGUACUCCACGACGCAAGCGUCGAUUUACACAGGAAAUGUCUACGCCAACGCGCCAUUCGAAGCGUCUCAUUAACACGCCCAAGCGGGAACAUCAAGUUGAUGAAUCUGUGGGCGAUAUGGGCGUCAUCUUGGAGGAAGAUGGUCCAGCAGACGAAGAGAAAUCGGCCAUCGCUGAUGACGAGAAUUAUGGCAACGAACUCCCCGUCGAUAAUGCAGAUAAAGUGGACUACCACGGCUUGAAAGAUUUGUUAAAAACACCCAAAAAUUGUAGCACGCCACGUUUCAAAGGACUGAGGGAAAUGAUGCGCACGCCGAAGAUUCCCGAUUCACCAAUUUUGGGAAACUUAGCAGAGCUGUUAGAAACCUCUGCUGGUAGCACGCCGUACCACAAGAGCAAGAGCAUCACGGUGGCUCGCGUUGAGCAGGGAAACCCACUGGAGGGAAUUUUGAAGACGCCCAGCGCCAGGAAUAUAAUGGUGCCAAAUGAGCCUGCUAGUGCGGUAUUGAAGUCUCGCGAGGAUUCUUUGGCGACGACCACCGAAUACGAUCUGAACAUGACGAAUAACACGUUGCAUUUGGACAAAAUCUUUGAUGACAUGCCCGAAACAACUGGUACCAACUUGGAGGACACCGAAGCCGAGAUAAAUGUCACUGCGAUCAGCACAGCGACUGGUGGGGAUCCCUUGGGUUCCUCAAAGCUGAAUGACUCCGUGUCAUCGGAGGCUCUGAUGACGGGCUGUAAUACGGCAACAAUGGGCAAUUCCCUUAAGGAUCCUCUGACCAGCACCACUUACAAGGCUUCGAUGCAGGCCGAUCUGAAUCUAAGCGCCUUCAGAGAUGGUGGUUCCAGGACCACCUCGCCCAAUCCAAACGAGAUGAGCGGCAUACAGUUGCUGGAUCAGACAUCGGACUCUAUGUUUUCCGAACCUCUAAUAGUGACGGGUGUGGAGUCGUGUGACGUUACUGUCGACGAGACAAGGACAUCGGGUCAGACCAUCCAACCUGCGGAUCACAUUGAGGAUCGGUCCGACACAGAUUCCAACGUUGGUCUUACUGAGCCCCUAGUAUUUAGUGAUGAUGAAGAGGAGCAAGAUGAAUGCGAAGGGACUCCCAAAAAGCCUAAGAGUUUCGGGGAAACAUCUACAGCCUACAAGCUUCAAGAAACCGAUGAUUUGAUUGACAACAAAUCUGUUGUUGAGACAUCAGUUAAAGAAAAAGACAUGGAUUCUAACAUUGAAGUCUCACUGAUUGAAGUUGAAGAUUCCACAACUGAGGGCAGUAUUAACGUUACAAAACCAGCAGAUGACGAAAUUCUUAAAGAGAAAUCUCUGAUAAUUGAACUAGAUAUUUCUAAGAAUAAGGAAGCACCAGGUCAAGAAAAUAAUGAAUCUGCCGUUGAGGAAUUGACGAUCCUAGAGUCCGAGAUAUUUCCCCUAGACACAACUACAGAUAGUUCUGUCAUUCCUUCGAAUGUUUCUAGCUGCAGUGUGGUGGACAUCUUACCUAACGUUGAUGUUAAAGCAGUCGAUUCCAAGACGACAAACCUUGCAAGUGUCAAAUCUACAGAAGUUGUAGCUGUAAAAGCUGCAGAGAAAGACGUUUGUCAUUUGGAUCAACCACAAUCUGAUCUUGAAAAGAACACUGAUGUAGAAUGUGACAAACCACUCACUGAAACAUCAACUUCAGAUGGACUUCCAGAAGAAAGUAAUGAUUUGUCUCUAAAAAAUACCUCUGAAUCUAAUGAACCAGUCAUUAUCAAGUCAGCAUCUGAAAAAUGUCCAGAAGAACCCAAACUUGAUGAUGAAUCCACUGAAACUGUCACUGAUCAAUCAGUCAUCGAAACUUUAUUGGCAGAACAACAAACUGACAAGGUGUCUACUAAUAAAGAUAGAAAUCAAUCCAUCAUCGAGUCUUCACCUUCCCAAGAAUAUUCAGAGGACAGAAAAUCUGAUGAAUUGUCUACUGAAGCAAUACCAAAUCAACCAAUCAUCGAAACAUUAUCAGCAAAUUCACAAACCGAUCUGCCUCUUCAAAAAACCACUAAUGCAGCAACUGGUGAUAGCGUUGGUCAAGAACCUGAACUACUUCCAAAAGAUGUAAUUGCAAUUUGUGAGGCAACUCCUGUCAGCGUUACCACUAUCUCCGCUAUAGAUCGAGAGCAAUGUGAAGAUCAACAGGGAAGUCAAAAUGAACCUACAAUUAUUUCUGCCGAAGAGACGGAUGGUCAAAGCAAAGCAAAAGAAAACCAAGAAGAAUCUUCAGGACUUGAAGACGCAGCCAAGAAUGAAACUUGUGACGAAUCUGCACAGCAUAUAUCAUCUCCCAGCUCAACCGAUGAGAUCCAAUAUUCUGAAGUUGUGGAUUCGUCAGUAAAAUCGACUGGAACAAAUUUGGCAGCUCCAAGUAAGGAUAGCAUUCAAAAUCACGAUGACCAGCCGAAUGUGGAAACUUUACCGGGUGCGGCCGAACUUCCUAAUGAAAAAUCCUUAGAUAAGGAUAUAACCGAAGAUAUACCGAAAGAUUUUACUUUGAUGGACACAUCGACAAAUGUAAGUCCAACUGAAAAUCCUCAAAUCAGCGGCCAGGGACAAUUAUCGCCUAAGACUUAUUCUCUGGAUAAAACUUCGCACAUUGAAGAAAAAGAAGAGGAAUCAUGCAAAGAAGUUAACUCCGCAGAGGAAGCUGAAAAACCAAGCGAAAACGGUCCUGAGGAUAAGGAGAUUCAUAUCGCUACAUCGGUUGUAGUUGAUCACACUCCUAUAGAUGAAAGUGCGCAAAUUGAUAAAUCUAUUACUGAUCAGCUCAAAGUUCCUAUUUUGGAUGAAUCAUCUAGCCAACUUAAAGAACCUUCUAAUCAAGCAGAAAAAACAGACGAUCUUGUUGCUCAGUUGGAUGCAACGAGCCAUGUUGAGGAAACUUCAUUAAAAGAAUGUUCAUUAAUUGAAGAUACCGGAAAAAAUAAAUCCCAAGAAGAUUCUAAUCCGGAAGAAUCAAUGGAAAAUAAGGCUUUGGAUCAAAAGGCAGGCAAGGAAACCGACGAAGAGGUCAUUCAGUUAGAUGCCUCGAGCAUAGUAGAACAUACUUCACUGGAUGAUUGUUCUCCAAAUGAAGUCUCCGCGACUGUUCAGCCCCAAGAUGUUUCUAUUCUAGGUGAAUCAUCUAGUUGCGACCAAAUGAAGGAGAAUAAAGAGCUGGACAAAGAGGAAGUUGACGAGUGUGGACUAGACAAAGAUGUGAUUCAACUAGAUGAGUCUAGCAUUGCAGAGCAAAAUCCGCUAGAUGAAAGUUUACUAACUGAGGAAUUUAUCCCUAAACAAUCCAACGAUAUAAAUAUUCUAAAGGACAAAACAAAGCAAGAUGAGGAUAUGUAUAAAGAAGAAGCUGCAAAAUCUGUGUCUAAAACGUCAAAACAAAACGGAGCUGACGGUGAGGUGAUUGACUUGAAUGACUCGAACGUAGUUGAGCAAUCUAUACUGGUAGAAAAUUCUUUGAUUGAGCAUUCCAUUACCGAUGAGCACAAUAAAGUAUCUAUCCUCGAGGAACCAUCUAGUUGUGAGAAAACAAAGCCAAUUUCGGACACGGAACAACAGGAAACUGAGACCGCAGAAGCUAAUAUAGAUAAAUCCUCUUCCAAUAAUCAUGGAGUUGAGAUAGUGGAGCAAACCGAAGAGUCUAAUGUCUUAAGCAACAUGUUGCACGCUAGUCAAGAAAUGUCUGUUGAUGCUGAGGUUCAUAAAGAAACUGUUGUAAAAUUGACUUCUACGGAAGAGUCCUCCGAGACAGGAAGCUGCCCGAAUAUUUUAUCUAUGACCGCCGAAGUUUCUACAAAGCAUAAUUCGGACUCUCGAGUAAAUGAAUCAGAUAAGGACCAGGAAGAAAUCUUAAUUCACCAUACAUCUGCACCAGAAAUCGAGCUAAAGGUUCCAAAUUCCAAUGACCAAGAAAGUUUUGUACGUCAAACUGAAGAAGACGUAUCUAGUGCAAUCGCUGUAGAGCAAGAAGCAUCAACUAAAGUACAGGAAACUGUAAAGGAAGCAAUGGAAACACAAUCAGGUGACCAACAGAUAGAUGAUACAUUUACCCCACAGAAAAAGCCGUCUGAAGUUACACGUACCGAAAGUCAAGUUGAAGUUAUUGAUUUAGAUGAUUCAAGCUCGAGCGCCCAGGGACCUGAAACAACACCACUCGAUUCCAUUUAUGAAAAAGAAUUUGUCGAGUCAAAAGCAAGUCCUUCGCUUUCAGUUGCACUUCCGACAGAGGAGCUGCAGGUAUCAGAUGAACCAGCUAAGCCAACGCCUUUAGAUAAAUCUGUCACUGACACUGACGCUAAAAUUAGUAAGAAAACUGUAGCCACAAUGGAUAAUCUUGAGGACGACUGCGUUGCACCUUCUAAGCCUGAAACAACUCAACUCGAAGCCACUGAGAAAAAAGGUACCCUUACCGAACAAAUGGAAGUAAUUGAUUUGGAAGAUUCAAGUUCUAGCGCACAAAGACCUGAAACAACCUCAAUCCAGGAGAUUGUUGUAGAAGAACUUGUUGCAUCAAAUGCAAAUGCUUCUGUUUCAUUUACGCUGCCAACAGAUGAGCCUCAGGAAUCAAAUAAUGAACCAGCGCCUGCAAAAGAGUCUGUCACUUUAAUUUCCUCUCAAAAGAGUGAUACAAGAAUAUCAACUUCUGAAUCCAGUUUGGAUAACCUAGAGAAAGACAGCAUUGCACCUUCUGAAGCUGAAACAACACCGCUCGAAUCCACUGAUAAAAAAGUUAUGCUUACGGAACAGAUGGAUGUCAUUGAUUUGGAUGAUUCCAGUUCAAGCGCACAAGAACCUGCAACGACGCCACUCGAAACCAUUGACGAAAAUAUACUAGCAUCAAAGGCAACAAAAGAGCCUCAGGUACCAGAUGAUCUUGUAAAACAUCUUACUGUCGUUAAAAAUAGUGAUAAAAAAGCAACCACUUCUAAUGCAAUUUUGGAUAUCCAUCGCGAAGAAGACACAUCACCUCUGAAUCCUGAAACAACGCCACUCGAGUCCACUGAUGAAAAGGUUACACUAACAAAACAGAUGGAUGUCAUUGAUUUGGAUGAUUCCAGUUCAAGCGCACAAGGACCUGCAACAACGCCACCCGAAACCAUUGACGAAAAUAUACUAGCAUCAAAGGCAACAAAAGAGCCUCAGGUACCAGAUGAUCUUGUAAAACAUCUCACUGCCGGCAAAGAUAGUGAUAGAAGAGCAACAACUUCUAAUGCCACUUUGGAUAUCCAUCACGAAGAAGAUAUAUCACCUCUGAAACCUGAAACAUCGCUACUCGAGUCCACUGAUGAAAAAGUUACACUUACGAAACAGAUGGAUGUCAUUGAUUUGGAUGAUUCCAGUUCAAGCGCGCAAGGACCUGAGUCAACACUUAUUGAAACUAUUGAUGACAAAGAAUGUGGUGCACCAAAAGCAAGUACUUCUUUUUCUGUUUCCGUUGUAUUGCCAUCAGAUGAGCCACAGGUAUCAGAUGAGCUAGCUAAGCCAGCGUCUAUAGAAGAAAAUGUCAGUGCCGCUAAAAAGUAUGACGCCACUUUGGAUAACCUUCCGAAAGAAGGCGUUGCAUCUCCUGAACCAGAAACUAUGCUAGAAAUGCAGGACCAGAAGACAAUUGAUAAACCAGUACUUGAUUAUCACGCUGCAAAAGAGUUAUCAGACCAACGAAAAACGGAUCAUGGUGAGAUUGAACCUGUUUCAGAACUACCAAAUUCAGCAGUCGUGGUUGUACAGGAAGUUCCAGUCUCAAACGCUUAUGCUAAGCAAAGCCAAAUCAAUACUGAAAAUAAACCAAGUGAGGAGCUUGAUCAAAGUACUUCAGAUUUGGGAACAGAAAAUAAAGAAAAAGUCGACCUAAAAAUGAAUUACUUAGAAGAGCCAAUUUCUGGGUUAACGAAGAGAACUCGCAAGCCAUCGAAUCACGAAGAUAAAUUCCCAUAUGAAGGUGAUACUAAACCAGCAAAUCGGGUGACUAGAAAGGGAUCGGUUUCCUCCGAUAGACCUGCAGAGGCUAUCGGAUCUGAAAAGCCCAAGAAGAGGGCGCGGAAACCCUCUGCUGAGGUUGAUGACCAUGAAAAGGAUAAUAAGCAAGAGGAUGAUGUGCACGUUAAGCCCAAGGGCCGAGCUAGAAAGCCAUCAGCGGAAGUAGAUGAGAGCAAACAAGAAGACAUCUUAGAAAAAAGAAAAGGACGAAGUCGUACUCCAUCAACAGAAAAUUCUGUGCCGAUCAAACAGAAGGAACAUGUUGAAGGCCACAAAGCGGAAGAAGUCCUGCAACCCAUCUUAGAAGAAGAGGCGGAGCCACAAGAGACGGUACAACAGAAACCUCAAGAACCUGUUACUGUUGGGUCGCUGAAUGUAGCAAAUGAGUCAAAACUUGAGAAGGAAGAUGAUGAUUCCAACCAGAAGGAGAGCACCAUUGAAAAAUCGAAAAGACGAGGGCGCAAGGCAUCUGCAAAAGAAACAGAUCCCUCGUCGGACAAAAAAGAAAAUACUAAAUUUGAUCUAGAGAUCGUCAGUGAAGAUGGUACUCCGCUUUCCACUCAAGAAAUAGAACUUGAACAGCCUGUGCCAAUGUCAUCAGUUAUUGAAAUGCCAAACCCAAAAGAAGACGAAAUUAUCAACCAGAAGAAUACCGUAGAAAAGCCUAAAAGACGUGGGCGGAAACCAUCGGCCAAGGAAACGGAAACGACAUCGCUCAUGAAUGAACACACUGAAGAUGACCUGAAAGCCACCAAUAAAGACAAGCCUCCGCAUUCCAAUCAAGACCAUUUGGAUGGCUCUGAACAGCAGCAGCCUCAAGAGCCUUUGCCAGUUGAGACCUUAGAGAAAGAGCCGGAAGUAGUUCCAGAAAAGCCAAGUAGGAGGGCUCGCAAAGCAUCAGAAGACGUAAGCCUAGUACCAGACAAUAAGCACAAAUCAGAUGAACUUCAUUCUAUUGAAAAGCAGAAAAGCGAAGAUCUUGCAGAAGUUCCAGUGGAGAAAACGAAGCGCAGGGGACGUAAACCAUCGGCAGAGGUGCUGGAAGCCACCGGAAGUAAACAGCAGGAUGAUAACACAGAAGAGACCAAAGCGGAGGCCGCGCUGGCAUCUAUUGAAGAGGAAAGCAAGCCCCAAGUGCGAGCACGAAAAUCCGCCGAGUUUCUGGCUGCUAAUGUCCAGGAAGCAACUAAGGACGAUCACAUUGAAAAACCCAAGCGUCGGGGUCGCAAGCCAUCAGUAGACAUCGAUCAUGUGGCCCAAGAAGCUCUGGAGAAACCCAAACGAAGGGGUAAAACUCCAGCAGAGCACGAUAAGGAGGAUGAGAAGCAGGAGCCGCCGUUGCCAGUUGUGGGGCCUGAGAAAAAGACCAGGCGCAAUGCGCGCAAAGCUUCGGCUGAAACUAUUGAAGCCGUUUCGACCAGCGGGGAGGAGCAUCUUCAGCAAAUUGCAGAGGCAACCGAGCCGGAUUCGGAAUCAGAACCAGCUCCAAUUAAUCCACUGCCCAAGGAGGCGGAGGAGGAGGCACCCAUAAAAACAAACUCGCCAGAGAAAACGGUGGAGAUCCCAUCUCACUCACGCAGGCGUGGACGCAAGGCUACCGAAGAUGAGGGCCCAAAAACUGCGGACAUAGCGGAGCCGAAGCCAAAGCUACGGGGACGCAGGGUGUCCUUGGAUCAGGAGCACAAGGAGGACAUCCCAACAGAGGUUUUGGAGCUGCCAGCGGCAAAACCAACGCGACGCGGUCGAAAGCCGAGCGCAGAUGUGGAAACGACUCCAUUGACAGCACCGGAGAAGAAAGUACCUUUGCGACGUGCCCGCAAGGCUUCUGCGAAUGUCGACGACGGGACGCCAGUGGCCAAGAAGACGACACACCGACGAGGUCGCAAAGAGGAUGUCCACGAGGAAGAACAGAAUAAUCAAAUUGAUUUACAGAACCUGUCCACGGAAAAUGUGCCGGCAACCGUUGUCACCAUUAGCUCCCCCUCGAAGACGAGUGAUGGAGAAGAACUUACUCCGCGGAGGCGCGAGGGCCGCAACCUGCCGCGUAAAAACUACGAAGAGGCGCCAGACGAGGACAAACCGCACUCCGCAUCGCGCCGGGCACGCAAGCCAGCGGCGAGCAAGGGUUUGACCAACAAGGCGCCAGAGCAAGAUGCCCUAACAGCGACACCCAUAACCAAGCAGCCGCCCAUCUUGGCGGAAGACACUCCCGACACCAGCAAGGCGCCAGAGCAAGAUGCACUGACAGCCACAGGCACAGCCAAACAACCGGCCGUCGAGGUAGGAGACACCCCCAUCAGUUCGCAGCGGCGCGAGGGACGCAAUCUGCCGCGCAAGAACUACACGGAGGUGCCUGAUGACGACAAGCCCACAUCGGCUCGCAGUCGUCGGGUGCGCAAUCUCACUGCGAAGGCCCUGGAGUUGAUUGUGGACUCCUCGCCGCGUCCGGCGACUCCAAAGCGACCCAAGGUCAAGGCGGUGGAGGAUGAAGAGCCCCCCGUAAAGAAAGCGACACCAGAGAGCCCACCACCAGCAGAGGCGCCGGCGCCCGCGGCCAAAGGUCGCGCUACACGUCGCAAGGCAGACGACGUGACCGAUGCAUCGAUGCCAGCCAGUAAGAGAGGAGCUCGCGAUCAUCCCAGCGAGACGGAGGAGUCGGACCCCAAGCCGGCCAAGAAGAACGUUCGCGCCACGGCACGCAAAGUCAAAGCCAAAGUCGAGACAGAGCCGGAGGAGCAUCCGCCCACUAAAAAGGCGCGCGGCGGAGCACGUGCCAAAACACCUGUGGCAUCUGCGCCGGAAGAUGAGCCGGCGCCCGCGGCCAAAGGUCGUGCUACACGUCGCAAGGCAGACGACGUAGCCGAUGCAUCGGCGCCAGCCAGUAAGCGACUAUCUCGCGGUCAUCACAGCGACACGGAGGAGUCGGACCCAAAGCCGGCCAAAAGGAAUGUUCGCGCCACGGCACGCAAAGCCAAGGUCGAGACCGACUCGGAGGAGCAUCCACCCACCAAGAAGACGCGAGGUGGAUCACGUGCCAAAACACCUGUGGCAGAAACGUCUGCAGAAGCGUCUGCCGCUAAUCAAGAGGAGGAGCCAGUCAAGAAGCCCGCUGCUCGAAGUCGAGCACGAGGCGCGAAGGCGGUAGAACCAGAGCAGCCCGUCGGGGAUACCCAAGUCGGAGUCGCCGCCUCCACAUCAGCGGCGACAGUGCGCGGUGGACUUGGCAAAAAGGUGCACUUUGAGGCUGCGCCGGAGGUCUCAACUCGAUCCCGCCGGAAGUAAAACCUAUAUAUUUUAUCCAGAAGCUUGCACCACUUUGUAUAAUUUUUGUUUUGGUUAUCUUAUAAUAUUGCAUUUUUUCCACUUAUGUUACUAAAUUAUGUAUAAAAAGUUUGCAUUUAUAAAUUAAUCAAGGCACAAUA